AUGGUGGGUGUGGAGGACGCGGCCGAUCAGUGGAAGCCCCACAUUCUUGUUCUAACCUUGCAACCCUCCUUUCCAGACAGCAUCCGGAAGUUUCUGAACCGGCCUGCCAUCCAUCUCCUGGUGCGCGUGAAGCUCGAAACCAAACCCAAGAAAAAUGAAGACCGGGUGCUGGUUCUUACCACGUGGCGUAUCUACCUUUUUGGGCUUAAGGUGCCGGCCAAGGUCGAGUGCUCUUUCAAUGUCCUGGAGAUCCGAGCAUUAAACGCACUGAAUCACAACCAAAUCCUGGUGGAAACAGAGAAAGCAAGCUACAAUUUUAAAUUCCCCACCCCAGAAAGUGCCGACCAGGUCACCAGACACGUCAAUACCGCCUUAGCCAAAAUUUUCCCGAGCCCGGCUUCUGUCUGCCUCAUACGCCAUGGGAACGUGGAGACGCCGGAGACGCCACGGGACAUGUCCCCCAAUUCCGAGAGUUCCAGUUCCACCACACACAGCAUUUGCGGAGGGUUUUCCGAAACGUACGCAGCUCUGUGUGACUACAACGGGCAUUCUUGCCGUGAGGAGGUGCAGUGGGAUGUUGAUACUAUUUAUCAUUCUGAAGACAACCGGGAAUUCAACUUGCUGGAUUUCUGCCACCUGGAAAGCCGGGACCUGGCUUUGAUCGUGGCUGCUUUGGCCUACAACCAGUGGUUCACCAAACUCUACUGCAAGGACUUGCGGCUGGGCUCCGAGGUGGCAGAGCAGGUUCUGCACACGGUGAGCAAGUCCCAUCACCUGGAGGAGCUGGUGCUGGACAACGCAGGACUGAAAACAGAUUUUGCCCUGAAAUUCGCCUGUGUCCUGGCAGAGAACCCAAACUCUGCUCUCCACGCCCUCACGCUCUCCCACAACCCGCUGGAAGACAAAGGCCUCAGCGCUCUGAGCCAGCAGCUGCUCUGUCUUCCCAAAGGCCUCAGCAAACUCUGCCUUUCCAAGACCAGCAUCACAACAAAAGGACUCGCCGUUCUGUGCCAGAGCUUCAGUGCCAACCCGGCCUUCACCAGUUCGCUCCGCCAUCUUGACCUGAGCAAGAAUCCGGGGCUGCUGGGGACCGACGAGGCGAACAGUUUCUAUGCGUUCCUGGCCCAGCCAAAUGCUCUGGUUCAUUUGGACCUAUCCUCCACCGACUGUGCCGUGGACGCACUGUUCGGAGCUCUGUUGCAUGGCUGUUGCCCACGUCUUAGCUACCUCAACCUCGCACGAAACACUUUCUCCCACCGGAAAGGAAAAGGACUCCAGCCUUCGCUCAAACAGUUUUUCUGCAGCGCCUACUCCCUCAGCUAUGUAAACUUAUCCGGGAUCAAAAUGCCCGUGGAGGCGUUAAGAUCCCUUUUCCAAGGCCUGUCAGCAAACACUCACCUGAGCGAGCUUCACUUAGACUUGAGUGGAUGUGAGCUGCGCUCACCUGGAGCCCAGGUGCUUCAAGAGCAGUUGUCCGGCAUUAGCGCUUUGAGUAGUUUAGACCUUUCGGACAACGGCUUCGAUUCGGACUUGCUAACUCUUGUCCCAGCCCUGGGCAAGAACAAAUCCUUGAAACACCUCUGGUUGGGCAAGAAUUUUAAUGUCAAGUCUCGAACUUUGGAGGAAAUUCUUCAGAGUAUCGUGCAGCUUAUACAGGAGGAUGAGUGUUCCCUGCAGUCUUUCUCGGUUGCCGAUUCCCGGCUGAAAACCCGUACCAGCAUCCUGAUCAAUGCCCUGGGAAGCAACGCCUGCCUGACCAAAGUGGACCUGAGUGGGAACUGCAUGGAGGACAUCGGGGCGAAGAUGCUCUCCAAAGCGCUGCAGAUCAACAGCACACUGAGAAGUAUUUCUUGGGACAGAAACAACACCACGGCGCAGGGCUUCCAGGACAUCGCCCGGGCCUUGGAGAACAACUACACCCUCAAAUUCAUGGCCUUCCCCAUGAGCGACAUCACGGCGGCCCACCGCAACGCGCCCGAGCGGACGGACGAGGCGUGGCAAAGGAUCCAGUGGUGCCUCCUCAGGAACAACCACUCGCAGAAGUUCCCCCAGGAGCAAGCCUUCCGCCUCCACCAGGGGAUCGUCACCAAUAGCGCCGAGCAAAUGAUGAGCCGUCUGUGUGUGCGGGUCCAGGAGGAGGUGCAGGCGCUGCGCUCCUGCUCGGUGGACACCAUCCAGGAGGAGGUGCUGUACGCCCGGGAACUCAUGAAGGAGGCCAAGAAUUCACGGGCGCUCUUUCCCAGCCUGUAUGAGCUUGGGCACAUUUUGGCAAGCGACGGGCCGGUUCGGCACAGGCUGGAGUCCGUGGCCAGCGAAGUGUCCAAAGCCGUGGACAAGGAGCUGCAGGUGAUCCUCGAAUCGAUGGUCGCCCUGACUCAGGAGCUGUGCCCGCAGGCCGUGCAGGCCGCCGAAGAGCGCAACAAGAUGCUGGCCGCCGUCUCGGAGCGCGUCACGGUGCCCCGAAACUUCGUGCGGGCGGCGCUCCUGGAACAGGCCGGCCAGGAUAUUCAGAACAAGCUGAACGAGGUGAAGCUCUCCGUGGUGACCUACCUGACGAACACAAUCGUGGAAGAGCUGCUGCAGGAGUUGUACCAGGCUCAUAAGAACCUGGCACAACAUAUCACCCACCUCCGCCGCCUUUCCGAGGGGCAGAACAACGGCGGCCCGCUGGAGCAGCUGGGGAAGGCCCGGCUGCGUGACCACGAGGAAACCACGGACGACGAGCUCGGCUCCAGCAUCGACACCAUGGCCAUCAAGCGGCGCAAGAACUGCCGGCGGAUCCGGCCCGCCUCUGCCUUCAUCAGUGGCUCAGAACAAGAUGGCGACCUGGGCGCCCCCCUGGGCUGGAUAUCCUUGGCCGACGGCAGCCAUUAUUCCCACUCCCACAGCGCGUCCUUUGAGGGGCUCUCGGAGCUGCCGACGGAGGGCAGCCGGCUGGAGCACCGCACCCGCGGCAGGCCCCGUCCUCCACGCAGCGCCCUGCACGGCGGUUUCCGCUCCCACAACCGAAUCCUGGGGUCUGUCGACAGCAAAGAGCAGGAGAACGGCCUGGGGCCGCGGCUGGACGAGGGCCUGGAUGAAUUUUUCAACAGAAGGGUGCUUGCCGACAACACGAGCUAUCCUCGGACGCCGAAGAGUUGUGGGGUGCGGCCCGGCCCCAGCGACUCCCUGCCCGCCCUGCAGAAGAAGCGGAGGAAGGGCCUUUUCCACUUUCGUAGGUACCGCAGCAUCAAGGGGGAGCGAGACCCUGAGCACCUGCCCCCGAGCCCUCCCCCACCCCCGGUGGGGGGCUGGGAGGAGCAGAGGACCCCACUGCGCCCCGCUGCUGGCCUGGAGGAGGAGAGGAAGCGGGGGCAGGACCUCGUGGGGACCGUCGUGCUCCCCCCAGGAAUCGGACCCCUGGCCCCGGGAAGCGGGGUGAAGGGCCUGCCCGGCAGGACAAGACAGGGUCCCAGUCCCGACUCCGAGCGGGCCGAAUCCGACCCCAAGGGGACGGAGCUCUUGCAGCCUUUGCAGGUCCAAGGUGUGCCCUUACCUGGAAUGGGACGUGCCAAGGGGUGGAGCCUGGAUGCUAAGCUGGAGAGCGUGGACCUGGAGCGAGGAGGGAGUAUGCGGGACCGGCAGCGCAGGCGAUCCUCGGAUGACUCAGGACAAGGGGGAUGGAGACCCCACCCCCCACUGCAGAGUACGAAGCCGAGCUUUGCCACCAUUCGAAGGGCGGAAGCCAGCUGGGACAUAGCUGAAGAAAGCUCGCCCCGGGAGAGCCGAGGCAAGGAGCCCCUCCAGGACCCCCCCUCGGAAGAAAGGCAGAGCAGGCUGGAAGAGAGGGGGGCCGUCACCCCUACGCUGCCCCCUGAGAAGGACAUGGGGAUGGUGCCCACCAAGCAAUUCAGGGAUCCCUCAUCCAUCCCGUCACGGCCUCCCAAACCGGUCGCCCUCCCCCGGGGCCGGAAGCCCCCCAGCCAGCCCGAGCGCAGCCGGAGCAACGAGGAAGCCGGUGGGGCAGGAGGGGUCACCCCGGAAGACACAGGGGAGCCCGAGGUGGGGAGGAAGGCAGCCCCCCUCAAACCAAAGAGGACGCGGCGAGCACAGUCCUGCGACAAGCUGGAGUCCGAUCGGAGCCGAAACCCGGGCGCUGGAGGCGCCAGAGACACGCCCCUGCCUGACCCCCCUCCUGCCCCCCCUGAGUGCAACCCGCCCAGCUGGAAACCUCGCCCCGCUGUCACCCACCCUCUCCUCCCAACGGACCCCACCGCGGGAACACCCGAAUCUGGGACAGCGUGAUGGACAGGCGCUCCCUUGAUGUUCUGGCUGCUGGAAGCUGCAAGGUCUUCUCAUCUUCCGGCAGGAAGAGCGAGGGGACCCGGGAGCUAUGAGGGGAGCGAGGAAGAGGCAUGGGGAACGCCCCCCAACAGCUCUCCCUGCCACGGAGAGGGGGCAGCCCCCCGCCCCGCACAAGCCGGCCGGCCGGGGACAGCCAGGUCUCCCCUGCCGCUCCCCCCGACCUGUCCCACCCCCCCGUUUGCGCCUGUUCUCUUUCCUCGCUUCUGGGUCGGACCCACCGCUGUGCCCGAGAGGGACCUGCCACCCCCCUUCUCAGCCAGGGUGGUGAGAUAAAAGCCACAGUGGAUUCCCCCUCCCUUUGCCCAACAUACUUGGGGUGCGGAGACUGACCAAAACACACCUCUCUGGAAGAGGGACCCCAAGGACGCCUUGGUCUGCCCCCCUGCUCUGUCUCGCCAUCCUCAGCCCUUCCUCCCCACGGCCCCCACGGCUGCCUUUCCUGCAUUUCACCCUCCUUCCCUUCCUCCAUUCUCACCGUUCUAUUUUCAGCUUGUACAAAAGAAAAGAGAAUCGUAAUAAAUUAUAUAUGGAAAUUAAAAAACAAA